AUAGCUUCGUUUGUGAGUUGGAUUCUAUUGCAUUAAAAAAGUGCUACGAAACGACUGCUACAAUAAAAAUGCUCAUAAACAUUUCAAAUCGACCUUCCAUUUCUAAAAGAGAAUCAAUUUGCAGCCCUCUCGGACAAAUAAUAUUGGUUGUUUUCCAAUACCCAUUGUUAUGAUAAAAAAAUAAAUAAAACAAAAACAUAUGAUGUGAAAACCUGACAUCGAGAAGAAGUGCGCCUUUCCGAGGAGGUCGAGACAACGAGCUGAAAGGGCCGAAAGUACAGUUUGGAAAUGGUCGUCCUAUAGGUGCAUCCUGAAUCAUGUCGAGGCAACCACCAUCAAACCGGCCAGGACCGCCGUCGCAACCGCCUAGUGGAAGCCGAGCCCCGACGUACGGUCCGAAUACAGGCCCGCAGAUGUCUAGAUCGACUGCUCCUCAUCCCGGGUCACGGCAGUCUGCAGGACCGCGGCCUCCUAGCCAAGGGCCUGCGGUCAACAGAGUGGCUUGUCAAUUCUGCAGAAGGCUGUUCGCCGAGGACAGGAUCGAAGUUCACUCGGCUAUCUGCCGCACGCACUCUUCCAAAAAAAGGCAGCCCUUCGAUUCAGCCAAACAGCGUCUCAACCACCUCCUUCAGGAAAAAGACAUAAGAAGAGUAACAAAGUCCAAAAAACCACCGAAAUUGGUAAACGUUCCUUGGAAAGAGGCGCACAACAAUUGGAUAGGCAAUAAGGACACCGGGAAAGGCGGAGGAGGGAGUACUAGAACCAGCACAAGAAGUGGAGGUAAACCAGGAGGUGCACCACCACCGAUGGAAGCGGACGACAGGAUUCCAUGCCCAGGAUGUGGAAGAAAGUUCAACAAACUAGCCGCUGAAAAACACAUCCCUUAUUGCGUAUCCAAAAAUCGAUGAAGCGAAUAAAAUUUCAAAAAAAAAAUU